AUGGCAGACGCAGCAGCGAGUGUGACGGAGAAAGCCGCCACGGAAGACCUGACGCCAUCGUCGACGAUUCUCGAUGGCAUGCGCGUGUAUUUUGUCAUUGGAGCUGUUGGGUGGCUGGCGUUUGAACUCGGUCGGGCCAAGCUGCACCGAGCGUACUACUGUCGCGAGAACAAACCCGAGACAACAAACGAGACCGUGACGAGGUGUCAUGAUGCCACUGUCUUUGGCUGGGUGCGACUGCUCUUUUGUACCCGCGAUGACGCGAUUUUGGCCCAUUGCGGCAUGGACACGCUCUUCUUCUUCCGUUUUCUGCGACUUUGUGAGAAAGUAACUGCUGUGGGCAUUUUAUGUUCGGUAGCGAAUUUCCCCAUCUACUACUACGCCAAGCGCGACUCGUUGGAUGCACUGUACAUGAUGACGUUAUCACACUUGGAGACCGACACGACGUGGCGCUUUGGAUUUACUGUCGCGACAAUGUACUUGAUCUCGUUGACUGCCUGUUUUCUGCUCUGGAAAGAGUACGAAGAGUAUAUCCGGCGACGGCACGAGUUCAUGUCUCGGAAACACGCGCAACAGUAUACUGUUGUGCUUAAUGGAUUACCACCGAACCUUUGUACGCAACAAACGCUCGGCACGUAUCUCGAGCUGCUGUUUCCCAAAUCAGUUCUUCACGUGUACGUGGCUCUGGAAUGUCACAACUUGGAAAAGCUCGUGGCUGAACGCGUGAAAGUGUGCGCAAAAUUGGAGCACGUGCUCGCACAAAGUGCGAAAACAGGAGACCGUGUGCUGACAAGCAAGAAGUCAAAAGGGCUGCGAAAAGGAGAGGAAGUUGACGCAGUGGAGCUGUAUCAAGAUCAGCUGAAGCAGUUGAACAAUGCUGUGGAGAAGGAGAUGACCUCGAUUCUGCGCAGCCAAGCAGCGGUGACUAGACAUCUCGUGGAGUCGAGUACGGACGAUGAUGGACGAAAUUACAACCAGAAUGUUGACUCGACAAGUUGUCUUGAUUAUACAUUCAAAGAAGACGACUUGGACGCCGAUGCAGUGGAAUCCAUGUACAUUAAGGGACUCAAGCGACAGGACAAGAAGGGGCUUGGAAUUAUGCGGCCAGCUGGGUUUGUCACGUUUCGAAGUCUCAAGGCAGCUCAAUCGUGCACUCAGAUCCUGCAGAGUGCUGAUCCGACGAAGAUGCACGUGGAGCCUGCUGAUCAUGCUGACGAUGUAGUGUGGCCGAAUAUUGGUUUAUCCAAGAACAUCAAGGACACGUGGUUCAUGAUUUCGAUGGGUCUCAGUACUGCUAUCAUCUUGCUCUGGACAGUACCCACGGGUAUUGUGGUGUCUUUUGCCAAGGUGGACUCGCUAGAGAACCAAUGGUCUUGGCUUGCUCAGGUGGUUCAGGACUACCCGUGGGUCAAGUCUUUGCUGGAGCAGAUCUCUCCUUUGAUGCUAUCCAUCAUGACAGCUCUGGCCCCGAUCAUUUUCGGGUUUCUUUCGCAGCGUGAAGGUCAUGCUUUUGCGACUCAGGUGGAUGCCUCGCUGCUCAACAAGUUGGUGAUCUACCAGAUCUACGUUACUUUUUUGCUGCCUAUUAUUGGUGGUGUCGUCAUUGAUGCCGUCAUUGGAUCAGGUGAGUCCAAUCUCACGGACGUGAGUGCUAUUCUCACCAUCAUCAGCGACUCUGUUGCAGUCCAGUCGUCCUUCUUCAUCACAUAUCUUCUGGUCAAGACCGGGCUCAAUUUGACAUUAGUGCUGCUACGUGUGGUUCCUAUCGUCAAGGCUGCUAUCUAUGAAGUCUUUGCUCCUAAGCUCACACCUCGCGAACGUUCGUCCGCGUGGCUUGGUCUGAACUCGCUGGCGCACCCUGGAAAUUUUGGUGCGUCCGACCAGGUGUCCGAGUAUUUUUUAGUACUGAUGCUUGUGCUGGUAUUCUGCGCCAUUGCUCCCAUUCUCAACUACUUUGCGAUGAUUUACCUGCUGCUGUCGGACCUCGUGUAUCGUUGGGCAGCCAUGUGUGUGCAUGACCCAUCAACCAACACAUCGGGCACGUUCUUUCCGUCGCUGUACCGAUUUAUCAUCGGUGCACUCAUGUUUUCCCAAAUUAUCAUGGCAUCGGUGCUGGCUACGAAACAAGUGGCGCUCCCGGCGUCGUUCUCGAUCGUCUUGCCAUUCCUGACGUUGGCCUUUCACCUGUUCGUGUCGUCCCGCUAUCCCGCAAUCGCUUUGAAUCUCCCACUCGACCAAGCCGUGAUGAUCGACUCGCGUCGCUCGCGUCAAAUGGACGAUCUGGAGCAAGUGCUGGAGGAUAUGUACAAGCAGCCAGCGAUGCUUGAACGCGGCCCAUUGGAGCCAGAUUACCAAGGACUGUGCAGCGACCCUAAUCCGGAAAACCAACUCGCGUCACCGCCGCCUGUCGAGUAUCCGUCGCAGUUUCGAUCUCAAGACAAGCAGGUCCGCCCGCCGAAAAACACUCGAGGAAGCAAUUACCCGCGUUUCAACAAGAACACGGAAGGCGACAAGCAAGAGCAGCGCCACCACAAGUCGGCUGGUGGACUUGUAUAA